CCAGCUGCUCAAACUGGCCUCUCGCAGGUCUGCUGCGCAGUCUGAAGCCUGAAUGAUGACUCUCAGCAGCAGCUCCUGCAUUUGCAUUUGAUGCAGACUUCUUGCAGACUUUAGUCGGGGGGGACCCAGCACCGCGGAUGACUCUGAACUCAAAAGAACUUUGCUGAUCUGAGGUUGGAGCAGAAAUAAAAACAACACACAAAGUUCUUCCACUUCAUCGUUUGAGCCCUGGUCGAGUUAAAGACGUAGUUAGGGUGUAACUCGCGUCGGGUGUAUUUAAAAAAAAUAGUUCUGGGUUAAAGCGGUGCAGACGGGACUAGCUUUUCUGGCGGAGUAGCACUAAAUCUACAGCGCAACAGACUACCGGCGCACAGUUCACCGCUGAGCUGGAGCCAGACGGAGUGAGCUAAAACUGGAGGGUUUCACUCCGGGAUGCAUCUCGGAGCGUCUAAUAAACUGCAACAAUUCGUCUUUAUCUAAGUAACGCGUUGGCCUCCACUCAUUUGGACCGUUUGUAGAGCAGUCGCUGGUCCAAACCACCCGGCUGGACUUUUUUUCUUCUUCUUUUCUCCUCGACACUGGAAGGACUUAAACUGAACUCAAGAUGUCAAUUUUGCCUUUCACUCCCCCCAUUGUCAAACGACUUUUGGGCUGGAAGAAGGGCGAGCAGAACGGCCAGGAGGAAAAGUGGUGCGAAAAGGCGGUGAAAAGUCUCGUGAAGAAGCUAAAGAAGACGGGGCAACUGGACGAACUGGAGAAAGCCAUCACCACCCAGAAUAUCAACACGAAAUGCAUCACCAUACCGAGGUCUCUGGAUGGCCGUCUGCAAGUGUCCCACAGAAAGGGUUUGCCCCACGUCAUCUACUGCCGCCUGUGGCGCUGGCCCGAACUGCAGUCCCACCACGAGCUGCGGGCGGUGGAGCUGUGCGAGUACGCCUUCCACACGAAGAAGGAUGACGUGUGUGUCAACCCGUACCACUACCAGAGAGUAGAGACGCCAGUACUUCCACCAGUGCUGGUGCCGAGACACACAGAGAUCCCCAGUGAGUUCCCUCCUCUGGAUGACUACAGCCAUUCGAUCCCAGAAAACACCAACUUCCCUGCUGGCAUUGAGCCUCAGAGUAACUACAUACCAGAAACGCCACCGCCAGGCUACCUCAGUGAGGAUGGAGAGACCAGCGAUCACAAGAUGAGCCACAGCAUGGACACAAGUUCCCCGGACCUGUCGCCUAACCCCGUUUCACCCACACAAAACAACUUAGACCUUCAGCCAGUGACAUACUGCGAGCCGGCCUUUUGGUGCUCUAUUUCCUACUACGAGUUGAACCAGCGAGUAGGAGAGACCUUCCACGCCUCACAGCCCUCGCUCACCGUAGACGGCUUCACGGAUCCCUCAAACUCGGAGCGCUUCUGCCUGGGCCUGUUGUCCAACGUCAACCGCAACGCCGCCGUGGAGUUAACACGCAGACAUAUUGGCCGUGGCGUGCGGCUGUAUUACAUCGGAGGAGAAGUGUUUGCCGAGUGUCUCAGCGACAGCGCCAUCUUUGUCCAGAGCCCCAACUGUAACCAGCGCUACGGCUGGCACCCUGCCACCGUCUGCAAGAUCCCUCCAGGUUGUAACCUAAAGAUCUUCAAUAACCAGGAGUUCGCCGCCCUGCUGGCCCAGUCGGUCAACCAGGGCUUCGAGGCUGUGUACCAACUCACUCGGAUGUGCACCAUCCGAAUGAGCUUUGUGAAGGGCUGGGGGGCAGAGUACAGGCGACAGACGGUGACCAGCACCCCCUGCUGGAUCGAGCUGCACCUGAACGGCCCCCUGCAGUGGCUCGACAAGGUGCUCACGCAAAUGGGCUCCCCCAGCAUCCGCUGCUCCAGCGUCUCGUAGGGAAACCUUCGCCCGCCCACUUCCUGUCAGUGACUCAAAACACACGGGGUGCAUCCCAAGUCUCUUAACUGUCGUUUCCUCGCUCCUCCCUCCAACCGGGAGUUGUUCUGCGCCGCCGUCCCAAAGCUCUUAUUCUGCCCCGAGGAGGGAUCUCGGAGGAAGCGCGAGAGCGUGUUUCCAGGAAGUGUUUUCACGCAUCAGUUAUUUGAUUGGACGCUGCAGCUGAUCGGACGGAUCGCUGGAGUUUCAUACCAGAGGGAAGACGGAUCACAGAUUCAACUCAAGUCACCCUCUGGUUAAAAUAUAUUGUUGUUGUAGGUCUGAACAACAAAAAGGACUCCAAACAACUUUCUUCAUUUAAAAAAAAUGAUUGUCUUUUCUUGAUCUGACUGAUUUCCCUCAAUAACUUUUUUCAUGGAUAGAAUUAGUCAGAAAAAAGUCAUUAUUCUAAAUAUUUUAAACGGAUUUCUUUUAGAACCCAACUCCGCCAAAAGUCUCUCCAGCUGUUAAAACCGAGUGACAGCUGAUCCAGCUGUGAUCAGCAGACAGCGUCAUCACGCUUCACGUGACGCUUCACGUGACGCUUCACGUGACGCUUCAGAGGAAAGGACUUCUCAUUCUCUUAAAACCCGUUUCCUCGUUCCCUCUCUCCUCGUGUGGUUCCCUUGCCUCUCUCCAUCCAUCCCUGGUGGGAGGGACUAAGACGCGAGGAAAAGACGCAGGUGAGGGAAACGGGGAUGCAUUUAAGAGACUCGGGAUGCCCCCGCAGUCUGCAUGCAGGCACAGCUACACAAGUACCCCUCCCCCAGCCCCCCUUAUUCAGCCAAUCCUCAAUCUGUCAGUCCUUCCUCCCCACCAGCUGUUCAGUAGCACUUUUUUUAUAUACAUGUUUGUGGCGAAAGGGGACAAGUGCAUUAAAGCAGUACCGUGUAAGUAUGCUCUCAACAUUUGGUCCAGAAUUAUGUUGAUGGCAAAGUGCCAGAAAGGCCGAGGCAACGGGAGGAGGCUUUUCUUUUUUUUUAAAUCAAGAGAUUCUCAUUUCUUUCCUCUUGUUUAAAUUUCAUUUAAUUGUUUCUGAUUUAUAUAUGUUUAUAUAUAUAUAUAUAUAUUUUUGUACAGAUGUAACAGUGGAUGUAAAAAAAAAAAAGAGAGAAAUGAACUUAAUUCUACGCAUUAAUAAUAAUUUUGUAAAGCGUGCAUUAAGAUCCCGUUAAAUGCAUUUCACGUGCCGUUGUUUCUGCAUCUGGGCAUUUGAUUGGUUAUGAAGACAUUAACAAAUGUGACCCAGUGAGACUGUAUCAUGAAUAUUAUAAUAUGAACGUUCAGCCACCUUUUGUAAACACUGUGUGACGAGGCAGAAAGCGCCGUGUUUACCACACAUUGGAUUUUUCAGAUGGAAACAAAAGAUAAAGCAAGAAAUCAGUCAAGAUUAAAACAAAGCAGAACCCAUACGAGUACUUAAAGACAGUGGCAUUCAUCAAAUGUUAUCGGGAGGAUGAUGCACUUUUUAAUAUAUAUUUUUUUACAAAUAUUCGAGCAACGCAAAGUCGGCAAAGUACAUUCAAUGGCGGUUGUAGUUGGCAGCUGCAAUAGUUCUUGUCAGAAGGUUAUAUGAAAUAUAUCCUGCAUUGAUUUCAGGAAGCUUUGCCACUUUGCAUUCUCUCGUGUAGUGCGUAGUAUUAUGACUUGAAAACAUCUCACAUACUGUACAGCUGUGCAAACCGUUAGUUAGAUUAUGAAUUGAGCACACAAACAUGUCGUCGGAAUACGUGUGCGUGAUGUGAGUAUUGUGCGGCAGGCUGCGUAAAGAGAGCAGGAAGAUGCCUUUUGCUUUUUUAAUUUUCUCUCUCAGCAGUCCAUAAUACCGGUCUUAUUUCUUAGCCGUCGGUGAUAUUGACUUUUUUUUUUGCACACUCAGGACCGUGAAGAAAAAAAAACGAUGUACAGAAUCCAGUGAAAAGAAACACGCAUGACUCUCGGGACUCUAAAAGUCUAUUUUGCUACCAAUUAUUUUUGUAGGACAAUAAGAUGUUGACGUGUUUAUUUAUUUUUUUGCAUGAAAGAAAAUAGCGCCAGCGGGUUUCCGGGGAUACGAACCUUGUAUUUUUCUACCUGUGAAGAAGACGAAGAGGCAGUUUCAGCUUUUAUUUUACAAAGUGAAACCUUUUAUGCGGAGAGAGAGGCAUGUAAAUAUCAGGAGCUUCUCAACACCCGACGUGUUCUUGGUCUUCGUACGUGUAGUACGUGCACGUCUUACGAUGUCGCCGUCAACCUUUAUAAUGUUGACGGUUUAAUUUUUUUUAUAAAAACGGCUUGAAAAUGAAAUAAAUAGUCGAGGAAAGCUUUUUGCUGAAACAGGAAGAGGCUUCCCUCCUCUUUGAUCCCGUUUCCUGUCAGCGCCCCGCUGCGGUGGAAGUGGAUCGAUUUCCUUCUCGCUCCACCGCAGCAGACAAAGACACAGAGGGGUCACAAUAUUAUGAAUCCUUUCAAGUUCGUUAUUUACAUUAAACGUUCUUUUGAUGUUAAGGCCAAGCCCAGUGGUGCUAAUCCUUAACACUUUAGGGACUCAAGAGAACAGCAAAGCCAUAUACACAUAUAUAUAUAUAUAUGUGUGUAUAUAUAUAUAUGUAUAUAUAUAUAUGUGUGUGUGUGUGUGUAUAUAUAUAUAUGUGUAUAUACACUACCGUUCAAAAGUUUUGGGUCAUCCAGACAAUUUCGUGUCUUCCAUGAAAACUCACUUUUAUUUAUCAAAUGAAUUGAAAAUUGAAUAGAAAAUAUAGUCAAGACAUUGACAAGGUUAUAAAUAAUGAUUAAUAUUUGAAGUAUUAAUUUUGUUCUUCAAACUCAAAGGAAGGCCAGUUGUAAAGCUUAUAUCACCAGCAUAACUGUUUUCAGCUGUGCUAACAUAAUUGCACAAGGGUUUUCUAAUCAGACAUUAGUCUUCUAAGGCGAUUAGCAAACACAAUGUACCAUCAGAACACUGGAGUGAUAGUUGAUGGAAAUGGGCCUCUAUACACCUAUGGAGAUAUUUCAUUAGAAACCAGACGUUUCCACCUAGAAUAGUCAUUUACCACAUUAACAAUGUAUAGUGUGUAUUUUUGAUUAAUGUUAUCUUUAUUGAAAAAACAGUGCUUUUCUUUGAAAAAUAAAGACAUUUCUAAGUGACCCCAAACUUUUGAACGGUAGUGUAUAUCUAUAUAUAUAUAUAUGUAUAUAUAUAUAUGUGUAUAUAUAUGUACGAUUUUACCGUUUAAGCUGGUUUAUUUUUUUAUCUCUAUUGACUUUAUGACUUCUUUUUUUUCAAACCUUCAAACUACAACGUGGGAUUGUUUCAGAGACGGUAGCAUCUACCAAUCUGAGACAUGGCGGCUCUCACGAGAGCUUCAGGUGUCCUUGAACGCACCAGCCCUGACCCUCUUUGGUCAAUGUAAAAUACCCAGUGGGGAAUAUUGUUGUCAUUUUUUAUACACUCUUCAAAUUAUAGCGCUUGUGCUUUUUCCUCCUCGUUUGAACUGUAUUCGUCAUUAGUUGUGAUUGAUGUAGCCGUGCUCUGAAUUGGUCUUUUUUAUUUUAUUUUAGAUGCCUUGUAUAAAAGUAUACCUUUUGUAUUUUUCUCUGCCUAUAAAAAAGAAAAGAAAAGUU